CCAAGAAGUUGCAGAACAAGGAUUCCAGUUUCUUGGAUGGAAGCCCUUCUGAGUCGCCGGACUUGGAAACGACCAAGGGCAUAACGUGAGUGCUCUUUUCUGCCAUCCCCAGUUCUGCCUUCCAGCCUGGAAGCUUGCAGUGGCAAAAACCCUGAGGCAGGUGUGUCUGACCCCCAACCCAUCAUGCAGCCUUGGGGAAACCAGAGCUGCAAAAGGUACAGUCAGAGACUGAGUCAACUUGAGAACUUAAAGGGGCAGGAGGGGAGACUGUCAGAAAGCCCUUAGGAUAGAGUGUUGUAGCCCCCAACAUGUGCAGGUGGGGAAACUAAGGCAAGUUACCCCAGGCCACGCACUGGCUCAUUGGCAGGAUGGGGGCUGGACUCCAGUGCUGGCCCUAGAGUCUGUCUGUCUGUCUGUUUGUUUCUUUUUAAUUGAAGUAUAGCCCUAGAGUCAGUUUUGCUCCUGGCCAGUCCUGAUAAUGUCCGGGAGAGGGGCAGAAUCCCCAGCCUCUUGGUGGAGAAGGUGACACUUGAGCUAAAACCACAGACAACCAAGCAUUGCCUCCUUCCUGCAGUUACCCGGGCCUGUACUUCCAUUGACCACUGCAGUGACAACAUCAAAAGCACAGUAUGUAGAACAGUCUAGUUUCUUCCACCUCCCUGGGGUAUGUUUGGGGGGCAGUGGGGGGGUCACUCAUGAGGCUUUCAGACCGUGAUAAGGAGAGGUAUACUGAAAGGGUUUCGGCAGGGAAGCCAAGCUCCAGCUCCCUUCGCCUCCACCAUUCAAGCAGCGUGGCUAGUUCACUGAGGAAAAUGGGAGGGGCGACUGGCUGGCAUGGUGGUCAGGUUCCACAGCUUGAUGACAAAAAUGUUGACCCUGUCGGAGUAGUGGAAAGGUCACUUGCAUCCAAGGUGUGAGUCUGCUCCUUCUUUCUCGAAGCCUCAGUUUUCCCCAUAUGCAAAAUGGGGACACAUUGUGAAUUUAAGGAGGUUGCCUGUGGCAGUUACAUCUGAAAGGUUGAGUGUUGUGUGGGUCGGGGGAGAGUGUGCAGCAAGGAGGGAGAAAGAGGCAGGCAAAGCUCCUCCCACUGCCACCCUGUGGGACCAUUCAGGGAUGGACACAAUGAGUGACGUUAUGACCGGGUUCACUUGCCCCAGGACUAGUCCCCCAGGGUUGCUAAGAAUUCAGGAUCCUGAGGGUGAGAUCUCCAGGCCUUGGGGCCAUCCACUACUGAGGUGGGCUAUUUCUCCAUCGGAGGCCUUGAGGGAACCAGUCCUGAACGGUUGGGUUGGAAUAGUGACAUCUUAUGGAAAAACCCAAACGAAAUUUUCGGCCAACCCGAUAAGAUAUGGUUUGAUGGCAACUUUAGCUACUUAAGAAUCAAAGAAAGAAAGCAAGUCAGAACUAGCUCCUGGCUUGGAGGGAGGUAAUAAACAGGUUGGGUAAGCAUGGUACCUAUGGAGUUAGCUCACGGGGGUUUGAAUUCCUACUUUAGCUACUUACCAGCCUGAGCAAGUGAUAGAACGUAGUACUCUAGUUUCUCCUCUGUGAGAUAACAGUUGGCUCCUUCCCAGGGUGGCUGCAAAGACAAUUUGUGCAGGAAGCCCCCAAGCUUAAUGCCCGUAAGCCGACUACUGUGACUACCGUGACGUUCUGAAGUCACCAAAGGAGUUAAGGCUAGAACCCAGGUCUCCUGCCUCCCAGCCCAGUGCUUUGCACAACUCACCACAUUAUUAAGUUGUCUGAGUGGCCCAAAGUUAAAUUCAGAUUUCCUAAGUCCUUUAGUUAGAAAGUUCCAAGUGACCCUUUGACCCUAGUUGCAAAACAAGUCCAUCAUUGGAGGGCCGUGGGGUGCAGUGCUCAAUCAGCGAUGUUGACACCCACAGGGAGAGAGAAAGGGACGCAGAGACUCUCCACCCUCUUUCUCCCACAGUUUUUCUCUUUAACCCUUAACAAAUAAAUGGGCAGAUCCUCAGGAAGCUAGAGGAUUCAGGGAUUAAUAUAAAGAACAUUUAUAUUAAUCCCUGAAUGUUUGAGGCAGUUCUUCCAAAAAUAUUCCUCCUAACAUUCAUAGAGGCUCAGCAAAGUGGACAUGUUGCCCAAGAUAACACAGCUAGUUAAGUAGUAGAUCAAACCCAUGCCCCCGAAGUAGAGGUGUGGAGUCUUAACCACUGGACCACCAGGGAAGUGCAGCCUUGGGUUUUAAUCCCUGGUUUGUCCAACCCCAGAGACCAGGCUCCUUCCAUAAUACCUCUGCUGUUCUUCACAGUAAGUCUCUUCACUUGGAAGGCUCUCAUGGGGAAUUUCCAAGGUUUCUCAAGUUAUAAAUGUUAACCCGAUACUCAUCUUAGUUUAACCUUGUCCAGGUACAAAGAGGUGUAAAAAUAGGUUGUUUAGUUAAUUCACCACCAGAGAGCAUACCUCCCUAGAUCUUUACCCCGGCUGGCUUAGACCUUGUCUUCUGUCUUAAAAGUCUGAGUGUUGGGUUUUGUUUUUGCCGGAGGUAGGAGGAGACUUGCCAUUCCCCAGUUUGAGGUCCUGGCCUGAGGGAAAAAAAAAUCCCUCUGGAGCCCAAACCCUAAACAACCCUGUCCCAACAGACCCCAUCUGGGGACCAAGUCAUUUGACCUCUUCAUUAGUCAUAAUGAUUUCUCUUUGCUGCCUGCCCUUUCUCCUUUUCUAUGAGUUCAGUCCUAUAUCUGCUACCAGUAUUAUGACCUUGGGCUGUUCGCUGCCCUCUCUGAGCCUUAUUUCCCUCAAUUAUGAAAUGGGGCUGUCCCUUUAACCCAUCUCUCUGGGCUCCUUUCCGGGGGGCAGUCCAGUAGAAGUGGGAUGAAGAACAAAGACUCUGAGGCAGUUCUGGGUUCAAAUUCUGGCUCCCCAGUAUAUCCUUAGAUAAGUCAUUUUUUAAAAAUCUCUAUUCCUCAGUUUCCUUAUCUGCAAAAUAAGGGCAAUAACCUGCUUCCUUGUCUUGACAAGAGGAUUAAAUGAGAUAAUACAUGUAAUCCUUAGCAUAAUAUCUGUUAUAUAGUAAGUGUUCUAAUGGCAUAUAUUGAGUGUUAGCUGAUAAAACCAGGACAGUUCUGGGCAAACUGGGAUGGUUGGUCACCCUACACGAGACCCAGAGUGCCAGCAAAGGCCGUGGAGACUGAGAGACAACCAGGAGCCCACCUAUCCAGCUCAGCUCAGGUGUGGGCACGCUGGGAAAGAAUGCCUGUUGGAUCUCCUCACCUCUGCACACCCACAUGCUCAUGUCUUUUUCCUCUCCUUUAGAGCAUUCCAGGCCUUGGUUCACCUGGUGAAAGGUAACAUAGGCACAGGGGUCCUGGGACUACCCCUGGCUAUGAAGAAUGCAGGCAUCCUGAUGGGCCCUCUCAGUUUGCUGGCCAUGGGCUUCAUCUCCUGCCACUGUAUGCACAUCUUGGUCAGGUGUGCCCAGCGCUUCUGCCACAGACUUAACAAGCCCUUUAUGGACUACGGGGAUACGGUGAUGCAUGGACUAGAAGCCAGCCCCAGCACCUGGCUCCGGAACCACGCACACUGGGGAAGGCGUAUCGUGAGCUUCUUUCUUAUAGUCACCCAGAUGGGCUUCUGCUGCGUGUACAUUGUGUUUCUGGCUGAUAAUUUAAAGCAGGUAGUGGAAGCGGUUAAUAGCACAACCAACAACUGCCAUUACAACAGGACAGUGAUUCUGACGCCCACCAUGGACUCGAGACUCUACAUGCUCACCUUCCUGCCCUUCCUGGUGCUUCUGGUGUUCGUCAGAAACCUCCGAGCCCUGUCCAUCUUCUCCCUGUUGGCCAACAUCACCAUGCUGGUCAGCUUGAUCAUCAUCACCCAGUCCAUCAUCCAGGGAAUUCCAGACCCCAGCCACUUGCCACUGGUAGCAAAUUGGAAGACCUACUCGCUCUUCUUCGGAACAGCCGUUUUUUCAUUUGAAAGCAUUGGUGUGGUUCUGCCCCUGGAAAACAAGAUGAAGGAUGCCCGCCGCUUCCCAGUCAUCCUGUCUUUGGGAAUGUCCAUCGUUACUGCCCUCUACAUCAGCAUCGGGACUCUGGGCUACCUGCGGUUCGGAAAUGACAUCAAGGCUGUACCACUCGGUCAAGAUCCUCUACAUAAUUGGCAUCCUGUGCACCUACGCCCUGCAGUUCUACGUCCCUGCAGAAAUCAUCAUUCCCUUCGCCACCUCCCAGGUGUUAAAGCGCUGGGCACUGCCUCUGGACUUGUUCAUCCGCCUCGCCAUGGUCAGCCUGACAUGCGUCUUGGCCAUCCUCAUCCCCCGCCUGGACCUGGUCCUCUCUCUGGUGGGCUCCCUGAGCAGCAGUGCACUGGCGCUCAUCAUCCCGCCCCUCCUGGAGAUCACCACCUACUACUCAGAGGGCAUGAGCCCCGUCACCAUCAUCAAGGACGCCCUGAUCAGCAUCCUGGGCUUCGUGGGCUUUGUGAUGGGGACCUACCAGGCCCUGGACGAGCUGAUCCAGUCAGAAGACCCUCUCACGUUUUCCAACUCCACCAUUUUUAUUCAGUGAAAAUGGCGCUGCUUCUUACCCACCAGCACCUGACAUUUAAUGAUAUAAAUCUCUUCUAUAUGCAUUAUCUAUAUUUUGCUGCUUUACCUUUCUCUGAGUCAAGUCACAGUGAAACAAGCACGGACUCAGCAGCUACAAGGUCUAGAUGGUAAUUUAAAAAAAAUUUUUUUUAAUUUAUUUUCUUUCCAUCUCUAGCUUUCCACUACACUGAGAGCUCUCUCACUGAAGGCUCUUGAUUCCAUUCGGGUUUUUGGCAAUUCACACGAUGAAUUUCACACAUUGAGUGGGGCUAUGCAAGAGGAAGCCACCAGGGGGCAUCCAAGAGGCAGCACCUGACAGAAGGAGGUGCAGCCAGCUAAGGCUGAUGGUGAUUUGGUAGACAAAGGGUGUCCUCUUUUCCAGAUCUGUUUAAAGAGCAAAGAUUAAGAGUGGGGACAUAAUCCAUAAUCCAGCAAGGUGUGCACAGCUCCAGCGUCAAGAUGGACAGGAUCCACAGGUCCAUGGUGAGCUGCAACUCUCAGACAGAAAGGAACCACCAUAUUUAAGUCAAGGGCAAUAAACUUUCUAAACAACUGGAUAAAGUUUUGGCCCAAUUCAAAGAUCUCAACAAGGGACAGUCGUCACAGAAAUGGAUGUGCCAAUGGCGGGGGGUUGGGGGUAGGGUGGGGAUGGACA